GCCGGGAAGAGCUGUGGGGGCGGAGCGCCAACUCCAGCUGGAACCCAGAGACCGCGACACGCCGGAGGAGCCCGCCAGGGCGAGGAAAAAAGAGGGACAUCCCCCACGCAGCGGCUCUGCAAGUGCAAGUCCGGGUCCUGUAGGCGAAAACCGAGCGGCCCGCCCGCGCCCAGCCACCCUGUGACCCUCGGUCCGGCUUCCGGAGCCGCAGAGCGCACAGAAAGGAGGCGCCGAGGCAGACAUCACCAUGGCAGCCCAGAAUGGAAACACCAGUUUCACACCCAACUUUAAUCCACCCCAAGACCAUGCCUCCUCCCUCUCCUUUAACUUCAGUUAUGGUGAUUAUGACCUCCCUAUGGAUGAGGAUGAGGACAUGACCAAGACCCGGACCUUCUUCGCAGCCAAGAUCGUCAUUGGCAUUGCACUGGCAGGCAUCAUGCUGGUCUGCGGCAUCGGUAACUUUGUCUUUAUCGCUGCCCUCACCCGCUAUAAGAAGUUGCGCAACCUCACCAAUCUGCUCAUUGCCAACCUGGCCGUCUCCGACUUCCUGGUGGCCAUCAUCUGCUGCCCCUUCGAGAUGGACUACUACGUGGUACGGCAGCUCUCCUGGGAGCAUGGCCACGUGCUCUGUGCCUCCGUCAACUACCUGCGCACCGUCUCCCUCUACGUCUCCACCAAUGCCUUGCUGGCCAUCGCCAUUGACAGAUAUCUCGCCAUCGUUCACCCCUUGAAACCACGGAUGAAUUAUCAAACGGCCUCCUUCCUGAUCGCCUUGGUCUGGAUGGUGUCCAUUCUCAUUGCCAUCCCAUCGGCCUACUUUGCAACAGAAACCGUCCUCUUUAUUGUCAAGAACCAGGAGAAGAUCUUCUGUGGCCAGAUCUGGCCAGUGGAUCAGCAGCUCUACUACAAGUCCUACUUCCUCUUCAUCUUUGGUGUCGAGUUCGUGGGCCCCGUGGUCACCAUGACCCUGUGCUAUGCCAGGAUCUCCCGGGAGCUCUGGUUCAAGGCAGUCCCUGGGUUCCAGACGGAGCAGAUUCGCAAGCGGCUGCGCUGCCGCAGGAAGACAGUCCUGGUGCUCAUGUGCAUCCUCACGGCCUAUGUGCUGUGCUGGGCACCCUUCUACGGUUUCACCAUUGUUCGUGACUUCUUCCCCACCGUGUUCGUGAAGGAAAAGCACUACCUCACUGCCUUCUACGUGGUCGAGUGCAUCGCCAUGAGCAACAGCAUGAUCAACACCGUGUGCUUCGUGACGGUCAAGAACAACACCAUGAAGUACUUCAAGAAGAUGAUGCUGCUGCACUGGCGUCCCUCCCAGCGGGGGAGCAAGUCCAGUGCCGACCUUGACCUCAGAACCAACGGGGUGCCUGCCACAGAAGAGGUGGACUGUAUCAGGCUGAAGUGAUCCACUGGUGUCACACAAUUGAAAACCCCAGUCCAGUACUCAGAGCAUCACCCACCAUCAACCAAGUUCAUAGGCUGCAUGGGAAAUGACAUCUGUGUUCAUGCCUCCCCUGUGCCCUCAAGAAGCCAAAUGCUGCAAAGUCGUAACAUACAAUGAGACUAGACAUGAACCAAAUCAGCUAACAUUUACUGAUAUCUGCUCGAGACCUACUGUUUCCACAAUCCCGACAAGGAGAUUAGACACAAGGAGCAACAACUGACAUGGACUGAACACGUACUGUGUGUAAACCACACCAAUGAGAUUAGACAGGGACAGCAGGAGCUGACAUUUACUCAUCACCUACUAUAAUCAAAAACAUUUGAUUUGAUUACAACCAAAAACAUAUAAAAAACAUAACAAGUGGCAGAAGCUAUUGGAGUCCCCAAGCUAUCUCCAGAUAUAUAGAUAGUUCACCCUCCAUCUUCCCUAAUUCUGUAUCUUAUCAGUGCAGGAAUAUCAAAAGGCUAUAGGCCAGGCAUGAUGGCUCAUGCCUGUAAUCCCAGCACUUUGGGAGGCUGAGGCACGUGGAUCACUUGAGGUCGGGAGUUCAACCCAGGCUGGCCAACAUGGUGAAACCCUGUCUCUACUAAAAAUACAAAAUUAACUAGGCGUAGUGGCAGGCACCUGUAAUCCCAGUUACUCAGGAGGCUGAGGCAGGAGAAUAGCUUGAACCUGGGAGUCGGAGGUUGCAGUGAGCUAAGAUUGCUCCACUGCACUCCAGCCUGAGUGACAGAGCGAGACUCUGUCUCAGGAAAAAAACAAACAACAAAACAAAACAACAACAACAA